AGAGCGGAUGCCAGCCCCCCUCUUCAAGAUCUCUUGCAAGCGGUAGAAAACGGCGUGAAGAGAUCACCUACAGGCUCAGCGGUCGUAUACUGGAUGAGAAUGGAGGAUUUGCGGGUCUCCGAUAAUCGGGCUCUUUCCCGUGCCUCCGCGCAGGCUCAGAAGGAAGGAGUGCCGCUGAUUGUGGUAUUCAUAAUCAGUCCACAGGAUUAUGUUGCUCACGACAGAAGUCCGAGGAGGAUAGACUUUACUCUCAGGAACCUAGUCGACAUUAAGACUCGCCUAGCUUCCCUGCAUAUACCGCUAUAUGUCACCGAGCACAAACCUCGACGGGACAUUCCACGGCUUCUGAUUGACCUUUUACAGCAGUGGAAUGCUCGCUCUCUCCAUGCAAAUAUUGAAUACGAAGUCGACGAGCUAAGAAGGGAUAUCGCGGUCUGCAGAUUAGCGAAGGGCGCUCAAAUCCGAACGGACUUCGUGCAUGACCGUUGCUUAGUAGAUCCCGGAGCAGUCUUUACUAAGGAUGGGCGAGUGUACACGGUUUAUUCACCGUUCCAGCGCAAUUGGCUCAAUGUGUUGAAUUCGAAUCUGAAAUGGAUCGUGGAAGCUCCCUUGCCUCAGCCCAAUGGCGAAGCAAUAUAUUCCCACAAUACUCUAAAGGAGCUGUUUCAAGCUGACGUCCCGAGUGAGGUUGAAGGUUUCAAAUGUCGUGACAAGGAAACGAUGACGAAAGUAUGGCCGUCUGGUGAGGAAGCUGCCAACCAGAUGCUUCAGAUGUUUCUCUGUACGAAGGCUCGAACGUCCCAGAUGGGCCUUGCCAAUCCAUUAUCGGAGGGCGCUGAGCCAUCUGACAAGAAGAGUCGCGCAGUUGCCUAUAAAGACUCGAGAGACAAGGCGGACAAAGAUACCACAUCAAGACUUAGUCCGUAUCUUGCCGCGGGAGUCAUCUCAGCACGAGAGUGCGUAAGACAGGCGAUGAAAUUACAAGGUGCGAAGAAGGUGCAGGCUACAAGAGAUACUGGACUCGGGACAUGGCUCAUGGAGAUCGCGUGGAGAGACUUCUAUAAUCAUGUACUAGCAGCGUACCCGAGGGUUUCCAUGGGUAGGCCCUUCCAAGAAAAGUACGCAGAUGUUAAGUGGGAGGUGAACGAAGAACAUCUGCAGGCUUGGAAGGAAGGUCGCACUGGAGUUCCGAUUGUCGACGCGGGCAUGAGACAAGCCAACAAGAUGGGCUGGAUGCAUAAUAGGAUGCGUAUGAUUACGGCUAUGUAUCUCGUCAAGGACCUCAUGAUCGACUGGAGACUGGGUGAAAAGGCAGACGGAGAUCUAGCUUCGAACAAUGGGGGUUGGCAGUGGAGCGCGAGCACCGGUACUGAUCCACAGCCUUAUUUCCGGAUUUUCAAUCCAUAUUCUCAAAGUGAAAAGGCUGAUCCUACAGGGGAAUAUAUUCGGUACUUCGUUCCAGAAUUGCGAAAUGUACGGGGAUCGGAUAUCCACAAUCCCCCUCCAAAAGUCGCGUCCAAGUUGGGAUACCCGCUCCCUCUGGUCAAACAUGCAGAUGCCAGGGAGAGGGCACUGAGACGGUACAAAUACCCCGGAGAAGAAUAA